AUGACAAUUGAUCCGAUAGAGACUAAGCUUGAUGUCCUUGAGUCAAAUGAAAGUGGUGGUGGUGAUGAUGAUGAUGAUUUUUCAAUGGAAGGAAAGAGCCAAAAGAUGUUAAACGUAGUUGAAAAAGUAGAAAGUUUAAUGCUACCGAAGUUCAAAAGAAAAACUCAAAGCACCAAACACUUAUGGACAAAACAAGAGGAAGUAACAUUAGUUGAUUGCCUUAUUGAGUUGAGCAAAGAUUCAACUUGGAAGAGCGAGAAUGGUUUUCGAAUUUGGUACUUCGUGCAUUUGGAGAAACUCGUGGCUGCUAAAUUGCCAUCAAGCAGUUUGAAGGCUACUCCUCAUAUUGAUUCAAGGUACAAGCUACUGAAGAGACGGUUCCAUGCUAUCACCAAGAUGUUGAAUCGUAGCAGUGGAUUUGGGUGGAAUGAUGUUGUAAAGUGUAUCAUUACAACAAAAGAUGUCUUUAAUGAUUGGGUUAAGAGGCAUCCGACUACUAUUGGUUUAAGGAACAAAGAGUUCCCCUACCAUGAUGACUUGAUGUUUGUGUGGGGGAAAGAUCAUGCCACAGGAGCUAAUGCAGAAACCCCUGUUGAUGCAGUAGAAGAGAUAAAUUUAUGUGAUGAAGAAUUUGACACAUUUAAUGCAGAAACCCACGCUGAAUGUUACAAAGGUGAAGAAUCUAAUGAUGUCAACCAAGCAAUAAGAAAAUCUGAGACUCCAGAUUCAUCAAUUUGUCCGUCAAAUAAGAAGUUAACCACUAGAAAGAGAAAAGGGAAGAUUGAUGAUGUUUUAGGUGACUUGGUGGGAGAGAUUCAUAAAUAUGUUAUUGUUGUUAAUGAGGCUAAUGAGGAGAUGAAGGGAAUUUCCACCUACUUUAAGAAACAAACUGAGAGUAGUGAUAGAAAAAUGAAGAUAUAUGAUGAGUUAAUAGAACUUUCUGAAUUCUCUGGACAAGAAAUUAUGGAUGUUGGGGAGUAUAUUCUCAAGGAUGAAUACAAUGUUGAAAACUUCUUCGCAUUGCCAAAGACAUUUAGGAGAAAUUAUGUGGUGAAGCAGCUCAAUGAAAUCCAUCCAAAAUGA